UGUUUACUUUGGAGAUAACGAUCCAUCUUACAUUAGUUCUACCUAAUAUCUCAGUUAUUUUGUUGGGACAUUAGCAGUGAGGCAGUACACCCAACAGACUGCUCUUCAUUUAUAUUUUCUUCACUGAGAAGAUGAGCCCACUUCUUUUUUUGUGCAUCUUGUGCCUGUCGGCCCGCAUCACCUACACUCAGUUUCCAGGUCCUCCUGGUCUUAAAGGUGAGAAAGGAGAUCCAGGAGUUUCUGGGACACAAGGAGUGCCUGGACUACGUGGGCGAACUGGAAUUCCUGGACUGCCUGGACUGCGUGGACAUCCUGGGGAUGUAGGAAUAUAUGGGCUUCCUGGGCACCCUGGAGAAACAGUGUGCACUGAAGCUACAGUUGAAUCCAGUUGCCCAGAUGUUGAAACCUUAAAAAGCAGACUUGCUGAGUUAGAACUGGCCAUUAACUAUCAUUUUGUCCGGAGAGUUGGUCAGAAAUACUUUGUGUCCAACAAGGAGAGAGGCUCUUUCUCCAGGGCUGUCGAAUUCUGCUCCCAACAACACAUAGAGUUGGCUCUGCCCCAGAACGAGGAGGAGAACAACGCACUGACUCAAGUGUUUGGCGAUGUUUACAAGGCAGCUUGGAUCAGUGUCAACAACAAAAAGGCAGAGGGAAAUUUUGAGGUGGAUAUGAAAAACCAACGUCUGACAUUUACCAAGUGGGGAGAAGGUCAGCCAGACAAAUCCAUCCAAGAUACAGGCUGCACCAUGCUGUCAGAAAACGGCAUCUGGCAAGUUACACCAGAAUGUUCCAUGAACGCUUACAUCAUUUGUCAGUUAUAGAAAAAUCCCGGUUCCUUGCGAAUCUUGCUUUUGGCAAUUUCCCCCCACUAUCAUGUUUAUCUCAACAUUUUUAUUGCAUUUUUAUUUCUUAUAUUACAUGUAGAGAAAUGUUCUCAUUUACCCCAAUGGAAGAAAAAAUCUAAGCUUGCAGUUGUUUAUGAAUUAUGGGUAAAGCAUCGGGGCUGCAUUUUGUAGAAGAAAGAAAACUUUGUAGUAUUAAAAAUGAGACCAACGAUUCUCAGUUGACCAACUGAAGUGAAACUCCCAAUGGCAAUGAAUUCAUGAAUGCAUUGUAAUAGGAAUAACUAUUAUCUCACAGACCUAAGUUUAAGUCAGUUAUUCUGAUGCUUGACUGAUGUAUUGUCAAUAAAUCAUUUAAGCUAACUCUUCAUGGUUUCAAAUAAAUGCUUUUGCAUCACUA